UCGAAUGUCAGGUCGACAGAUGUUCACCAAAUUUCAGCAGUUAUUGCCAAAUCCUUUUUCCAGUGUUCUGAAAACCUACUUUGACGACAUUGACAUUCAUUAAUUUUAACUGAUUUGAUUCCACAGAUUUAAUUUUGAUUCUACGCUAAAACGGCGAAACAACGAAACAUGGAAAUUUAAUAUAUCACCGAGAUUAGAAUAGAAAAUUAUAUUAUUAGAAUUGGAAUUGUGUGCGAUCCUAUUUUGCUGCCUCAGCUCUUGCUGUGUUAUAAAAUUAAAGACUUAACGUCGGGCCAAAAUUUCGAGUCAGAAAAUCGCGAGGACGGUCGAAUUCCUACGGCGAUCCGUCCGUCCGUCCGUUCGUCUUACGAAGAAAAGCAACGCGUCGGAUCCGGUACGCGGUGACUUUCCUCGCUUUACGACUCGCACGAAAUUGCCAGGCCGAGGGCGGCGGCGACGAUGACGACGGCUGCUGCUGCAUGGUGGGCGAGGAAACACGCGGGGAUCCAGGAUCGAUCCGGGAUCGACGUAUCCCGUCUCAGCGAGCGGAUCCGCCUUGUCCUUCGGCGAUUCCUCGGGUUCCUGGUUCGAAGACAUCCCGCGCGGCUCGCAGCCGCGUAUAUAAGUCAAAACCAGAUCGGGUGCAAGGUGCAUAGCCCGGACAGUCCUUCAGCCGGUAAGGAGGUCGGCAGAAACACAUCGAGCACGAUGCAGGCACUGAUUCCAGUUUUCGCGAUCCUCAGCGUGGCGGCGGCCGCGCCGUUGACCCUGCUGCCCUACGCCUAUCUCGCGGAUCCGCUUCCGGUGUACCAACAGUCGCAGGACACGCGAAACGGGGUGCACGCGUACAGCUACGCCGGCGGGCCGUCCGCCAAGGAGGAAGUGCGGGGCCUCGACGGGGUCACGCGCGGGUCCUACAGCUACGUCGACGCACACGGAAUCCUGCAAUCCGUCUUCUACGUCGCGGACGAGAGCGGCUUCCGCGUAGCCGCGACAAACCUGCCGACCGACGGCGAUCUGCCGACGGAGACCGGCGAGGUCCUCUUAGCCAAGAACGCCCACCUGGAGGAGCACGCGAGAGCCGCGCAGGAAGCGGCGAAGGAGGAGCGUUCGAGCCGCAGGAAGCGCAGCGCCGAGGCACCAUCGCCGGCCGAUCGAGAUAAUCUCCCGACGGAAGAAAAGCCGCGUUCCCAGGAAGAAGACCAAGCCGGCCAGCCAGCGAAGCCGGCGACUUCCCAGGAACUGCCGGCGAAGUCGGCGAGGAAAGCCGAGACCAUCGUUGCGCCCGUUUACGGCCUCCUGGAGCCGGCGCUGAUCCCGAGACUGAGCGCCGUCGCAGCGACGUCUCAGCAGUCUCAGAGUCGCGUCGACGUUCACAGCGACGACAUCCGGCUGAAGGCUGUUCAACCGACGGUCGGGCUGCUCACCGAGCCCGUGUACGAGACGGUGAUCCUUCCCGGCCAAGCGCCGUUGGCGAGCUCGCAUCAGAGUUGGUUCCAGGUGCACAGCGCUCUUCUUCGCGCCGAGGCACCGGCUGAAAAAGCUGCCGAGGGUCCGGAAACGACGGCACGACCGAUGACAGCAGCGUCGUCGCAGGUCAGCAGCAGCCCACCUGCUGUGAAGUAUCAACUGGAGACGCUGCCGUUGGUGGCUACCUUGUCGGGCUACAACGAGAAUCGCAUUCAGCUUCACAAGAACCUCGGACUGGAGGGCGCCGAUCGCAAGGACGCCGUGAAGAUCGACGCCGCACCGUUGACGAUAGUCGGCACGACGGUCGCUGCGAUCCCGGUCGUCGCCAGGGAGGCUCUCCCGCUUGUCACCGCGGUCUCCAGCCAGAGCAGGACUCAGAUCCAUCGUAACGCCAAGCUCGAGCUGGCUCUGCCGCUCGUGAGCGAGCCGACUCAUCUGUACCUGGCGACUCCCUACGUGCGAGCGUUCGCUAACUGGCCGAUCCUGGCGGCGCCCAUCGCCCAGUCCUCCCAUCAACGCGACCAGAUACACUUGAACGAGAAGAUCGAGGUGACCAAGUGAAGAGCAGUCGGUCCCGUCCAGCCUCGUGGAGGCCGCUCGACUCCCUCCGGUUUUCGCAUAUAUUUAUUCUCACGAUAUUUCCCGACGAAUUUUCUCGUUUUUUUUUUUUUUACUGUGUAGGAUUUAUCUUCGAAUAAUCGUGCGGACGCGAAUUGGUAAUCGGUAGACUUCGCUUGUCUUGCUGCGAGAAGCGGAAAUUAAUGUCGGACGACGAACGUCAAAACUGCGAGAGCCAAAUAUUCGAUGUCGAUUCACUCCGUUUCAGAAGUUCCGUUCGAAAUCGUGAUCGUCGAGGGUGAGCUUGCCCUCCCCUGAAACGAAACACCCCGGCAGGAAUUCUCCCUUACUUCGAAGGAUCUUCGAAGGAUCGAGACGAAGGUUUUAUGCGGAUCGGUCACUAUUGUAUUGCUCAAAGAACUGGGAUAAGGCAUUUUUUAAGCGUUUUCGGCGGAGAAGCUCCGCGAGUUCGAGACGCACGGCAGUGUAGCUGUUCGUGGUAGCUCGCUUUUAACAAUGCGGACAUCAUCAUUAUUACUCGUCCUCGCCUGUUUAUUCACAGCGACUUCUUUUGUAACGCACGCUCCCUCGUUACGAACGCCUUAACAUUCCUGUGUGUCAAAUUAUUGUACGAUUUAUUAAAAGAUGAAAGAAAAAGCA